CUUGCAUGGAUAUGAGACUGAAUAAGAGAUAGAAGAACGAGAAGGACAGAGAGGGAGAACGUACGGCUGGGGGAAGGGUGAGGAUGUCGAAAGAAAAUGUUCUGUUGCAAAUAUUUAUAUUACCACCACGAAUCUGCGGCAGCUGUGAUCCUGGUACGUCACUUGCCAGUUUCUAUUCUAAAUAAUUCUCGUUAGGGAAAUAUUGUGGAAGAGAGUUUGAACCCUACCUGUUAGGCUUCAAUAUUAAAGGCAGUUCAUUAACGACACACACCUUCACGUGCCACUCAUAAUCCCCUCAAAGGGAUCACAGACGUAUGUAGGAGGUAUUCGUGAUGGAAUGACACCCGGCACCUCGAUCUAUUCCAACGUCGCCGUGUACUUGAGAAAUAUUUAUUUUUAUACAACCGAAAAUAAUCCCUUAAGUGUUUGAUUAUGCUGCAGCGAAUGAGGUUAAGUAAUCUAUAAACGAAAACACAACUCAAUGCAACAUGCGUACCGGAUGCUCCAGUGCAGAUGUGGCCAUGUCGCCAGCGUAGUUCAGCGCAACAGAAGAUCCGAGGCAACGAGUUCUCUCGCUGAGCUCAACAUCUGGGUCGGCUUCCAAGAAGCGGGGAACUUUCGAUAACCUGAAUAUUCUGCGAAAAGGCGCGCUUCUUCGGCUUUCAGAUUGAAAUGGAAGUAGAACACUGAACGAAGCAGGAUCAACAAUUUCUCAAAUCGUCGUGUACCAAAACGGAUUUUGCACAUGCGACUAAAGUGUCGUCUGCUUCCAGGUAUUGGAAAGGACUAGAUAGAGUUAAAUCAACUCUGUGGUUAAAUGUUGGACAGGUUCAUCAGCUUCAUAUACGGUGGUCUUCUACUCAACACAGAGAGUGGCAGAUCCUGCGGAUGAAGACUGUGCUCAACUUGUGUGCAGUCAAGAUCAGUGCCAUGAACUCAGAGAGUGGUGAUUUUUUCACCUUUCUUCAGUCCAUCUUCUCCACACCAAAUCUCGGCACUGUAGCUUCAGAAGCCAAGUGCAAAAGGUUCUGCAAUUUUUAUCGUGCUUUGCCUGACAUCAGCACAAAGGCAGCAUUCCUUAGUUACCUUGCACAAUCUCACGGUAUCAACCAGGACAAUGUUAUACAAGGUGCACAAACACUAGCCGUGUCUCAGGAGAGAGGAGAGGCUUUUGUGUUGAAGGCCAUGGAGCGACUCCGGGCAUCCAUGACACCUAGCUACCAAAGUCUUCUGCAGCAGAUUGGGCGUAUUGAGGGUGGUGUGAAGUUUUUGGUAGACCUGCGUUCAGACAUUCUGAACUGCAUAACCAGCAGCACAAGUGAAUUAGACUCCGCUCACUUUCAAGCACUAAACCGCUUGCUACAGGAGCUUCUCACUCUGUGGUUUGCUGUUGGGUUCUUGGAGCUGCAGCGAGUAACUUGGACCUCACCUUGUGACAUUGUUCAAAAAAUAUCUGAUUAUGAGGCUGUGCAUCCUAUCCGUAACUGGACAGAUUUAAAACAUCGAGUUGGUUCUUAUCGACGAUGUUAUGUCUUUACACAUCACAGUAUGCCACGUGAACCUAUUGUAGUUUUGCAUACAGCUUUGACCAGUGAAAUAUCAAGUAGUAUACAUUCAAUCAUCCACAAUCCGCGAUUUAGGGCCAGCUCUUCAGACUCUCCCCUCACAGAAGCUGCUCCCCCACAUGAGCCAUUAGAAGAGGAAAAUACAUCAGAGAUCACCACAGCAGUCUUUUACUCGAUCACAUCGACGCAGCGAGGUCUAAAAGGUGUGGAAUUAGGAAACUAUCUCAUCAAGCGAGUUGUACAUGAAUUGCAGACUGAGUUUCCUCACAUAGCCUCUUUCUCCUCCCUGUCACCGAUUCCAGGAUUCCGAGACUGGUUAAUGAACCAGAUCAAUUUACAGAUGCAUCGGGCAAGGAUUGGUGAGGAGGACUCUGACCAGAUGCUGCUCACAUCAGCAGAAAUGCAGACAUUGGAAAACUGCCGUCAGAACCACCACUCUUCUAUUUUGGAAGCUUUUAAGCAUUUGGUGCAGUCUAAUCAGUGGCUACCACGGCAAGAGGCUGUCAUGGCAAUGAAAGUGCCACUUCUGCGCCUGUGUGCUCGUUAUCUUUACCUGGAAAAGAGACGAGGCUUUGCUUUGAACCCUGUUGCAAACUUCCACCUUGCAAAUGGAGCUGUACUUUGGCGCAUCAACUUUCUUGCGGACACAUCUAUUCGAGGUUUGAACCAAUCUUGCGGACUUAUGGUUAACUACCGAUACUACCUUGAUAUUGCUGAAACCAACAGCCAAGAGUAUCUUCUACACCAACGGAUAUCUGCAUCGAAUGAUGUUUUGGACUUAAUUGGCUCUGACACCACCACCUUCAAAACAGUUGCAACCCCAGCAAGACAGAAUUCGGCAUCAUCAUCUCCUUUCAGAGAAAGUGGAAGUGAAUGAUGAAUAACUGCUGCUAGAAGUCCUUUAAAAUGGCAUAAUAUGCUCAAAAACAGAUAUUUUAAUUUAUCCAAGCAUAUGCAUGUUAAUUUUGCAAAACCAGAGACCAGAGAAUGAGAAUCGGUUGUUGUUACUCCUUUCCCUAUUGGACAACAGUGUUUUAUAUAUAGACAGCACAUGAUAACAUGGAAGCCUUGUUUGGUAGAUGGCCGUACAAGUGUUCGACAAUUGUGUUAGAGAGAUGAGAGUGAAAGACUAUGAUUAAGCACUCAGAGGAAACUUACAAAUAAAAUUUCACUGCAUCGAUCAGAGCCAUUAAAAGAAUUUCGUAAGUUGAAAGUCAGUUUUGUUGUAUAACUUUUUCUGUCCUGGUAUUUUCAGCUGUGAAAUAUUUUUGAAGUAUUGCGACAAAAUUUAAAUGAGGAUAUUUUCAGCUGCUCAGUUUUUGUCAUGAAUCAUGGCCAUUAAGCAUCAGAUACCCUUGUGACCAUUCUAUGAUGAACUGGUAUUUUCUUUGUUAAAUAGUUAUCAUAAAUCUUGGUAUUUUGGUAUUUGAAUGCUGUGAUAGCUGUAAGAGUUACAUGGUAUUUAUCAUAGAUUAUGGGAGUUGAUUGUUUGCUGUAAUCACUAGAGACUCAAAUCUAGGCUGCAGCUAAGUGAAGCAUCACAUAACCAUAUGUGAAAACUUUAUGUUUAGUCAGAAAUUAAAAUAUUUGACAGGAAUCAUUCUUUCAGGGAUAAAGUAUUUUCAGAUAAAAUAUUUUCUCUGGACAUCUUCUUCAACUUGCAUCAUGGCUUCAAGAAUCUGAUGCUUGCAGGGUACAUAUGAGGACUGAAGAAUGUUUUGCCAGAUAAUUGUAUCUGGCAUAAUAUGAAGACUGUACUAGUUGAUAAUGCUGAUGAUGAGUUGAUUGACUAAAUUUUCAUAGCUCUGUAUAGAAAACUGCACUGCCAUGUAAAUUAUAUUGAGAGCUACAGUUUAGAAAACUUAGGUGUUACACAAGGCAGAUUGUAUUGUAAAAGUAAUCAGUGCUGAAACAGUAUGCCUUCCCCUAGCUGAAUCAUGUAAACAGCAGUUACAUGUUUUCAUUUGCUGCUUGUAUCAUUUGUGAAUGUGCAAAUCUAGCAGCAGGCUGCAUGACUAUGAGAGAUUCCAGUCAGCGGUAAUCUGCCAGGAUUUUCUUGCAGUGAUGGUUUGAAGUCCUGAUUUGAGGUAGACAAACAUAUAAUGGUGAUUUACAAUUCCUUUGACUAAAUUUAUAGUUUAUAUUA